UCGGAAUUUCUUUUGCACGCAUUUUUCAUAGCAAUUGAUUAGCAUUUAGAUAGCUCUGAAUUUGGAAAUCGGAAUCGUCAUUAUUAUGUGCAUUCUUCAGAUCUGCGUGCAUUCGUGAAAUAUUUGAUUUACUAUAUAGAGCUUGAGGUGGAAUGGCUGAUGGAGAAGUGAAUCCUUUCGCAAACUCAUCUGCAAACUCAAAGAUGUGUCCUCUUCCUCAUGAACCUGCUGACUACGAUCGUGGGGCUACAGUUGAUAUUCCUCUUGAUGGUUCCAUGGAUUUAAGAAAGAGAGAACAGGAACUUCAAGCCAGAGAGGCUGAACUGAAGAAGAAGGAACAGGAGCUUAAAAGAAGGGAAGAUAACGUUGCACAAGCUGGAAUUGUCAUUGAGGAUAUAAAUUGGCCGCCAAUUUUCCCCAUAAUUCACCAUGACAUCAGAAAUGAAAUCCCAGUCCAUCUACAAAAGUUGCAAUAUGUUGCAUUUACGACAUUUUUGGGUAUUAUAAUAUGUCUUUUGUGGAAUGUUUUAGCCACCACCUUAGCUUAUGCCAAUGGGGAAGGUCCAACCAUUUGGUUUCUUGCUAUCAUAUAUUUCAUAUUCGGUGUCCCAGGCUCCUAUGUGUUAUGGUAUCGUCCUCUUUAUCGUGCAAUGAGGACAGAGAGUGCUCUGAAAUUCGGAUGGUUCUUCUUAACUUAUUCAUUCCAUAUUGGCUUCUGCGCCUUCGCUUGCGUAGCUCCUCCAAUAAUUUUCAGAGGGAAAUCCUUGACUGGAAUCUUGCCUGCAAUUGAGAUUUUAACUUGGAGUGCUCUGGUUGGGAUAUUUUACCUCAUUGGAUUUGUAUUCUUCUGCAUCGAGACAUUGAUCAGCGUAUGGGUGAUUCAGCAAGUUUACAUGUACUUCAGAGGAACUGGAAAAACAGCAGAAAUGAGGAAGGAGGCUAUGAUGGCGGCAUUAUAACACGAAAAAAAUAGAGAUUUGAAUUCUUUGAUUCAUUGGCUGUUUCUAUUAGUAUUACAGCUUUAGCUUUGCAAUUGAUAAGCAAAAGUUUACUCGUUCUUCCAUUUGACUCUAUUAUCUGUUACUAAUGACUAUAAUAAACAGAUUUGGUUAUGUGUGGAGAGGAAUG